AUAUCCUUUCCUUCCAAAAGAAAAGGGGACAAUAAAGAAUCAAUUUGAAAACCCUAAAAAUAAAAAAUAGAGAAAAAUGUCACACACUCGCAAUCAGAACAGCACCCCAUUUCCAAACGGAUCAGAAGUGGAAAUAAGCAGCAACGACAACGGCUUCCGUGGGGCAUGGUAUUCAGGGACAGUAAUCAAACCCAAAAACAACAACAAAAAUCUAAUGAUUGUUGAAUACAAAACAUUAAUGGCCGAUGAAUCUGGAACAAAACCACUUAGGGAAACAUUAGAUGUUAUCCAGUUAAGGCCAUUACCCCCACGUGAUAAGGGUGAUAGGGAUUUUAAGUUUAGUGAGGAAGUUGAUGCUUAUUAUAAUGAUGGGUGGUGGGAAGGGGUUGUUACUGCUGUUUUGCCCGGUGACCGAUAUUCGGUGUUUUUCCGGGCGACUCGGGAGCAGUUGGAAUUCGGAAAGUCCGAACUCAGGAUUCAUAGGGAGUGGGUUUAUGGUGAAUGGGUUCCCCCGGUUGAAGAUGAACAACAAGAGGCAUCUAUCUCUGUAGAUUUGAAGAUUUCCAGCAAUGAUAAAUUUCAGAAAGGGCAAUCAGUUGAAGUAUCCAGUGAUGAAGAAGGUUUUCAAGGUGCUUGGUUUGCUGCCACUGUCAUUGAACAAUUGAGCACUGGCAAGUUCAAGAUUGAGUACAAAUUCUUGAGAAAUGAUGAUGAUACUGCUUUUAUCACAGAAGAAGUUGAUAGCAACCACAUACGCCCUUGCCCCCCUAAUGAAAUGAUCGAUCAGUUCCGCCUUUAUGAAGAAGUUGAUGCCCUCUACAAUGAUGGGUGGUGGGUAGGCGUGAUUUUCAAGGUACUCGGCAGACAAAGAUAUGAGGUUUUCUUUAGGGACACAAGUGAGGAAAUAGUUUUCAAGCAAUCAGAACUGAGGCGGCAUGUAGAAUGGAUCAACGGCAAAUGGGUGUCUUCUUCCUCGGUGUGUAAUCCUAUUCAUAGACAAAUAAAGUAGUCUUUAAGUAAUUAUUAGUUGACGACGGGUAGGUGAAAAUUGAAGUUAGGUCUGUACUUUUGUUUUUGUGAACUGUAACUAGGUCAUGCGGCUUCUGCAUGCCAAAUCUCACAACUCAAUGGGCGGUAAUGUUUUUUUGUAUCUUAAGUUUAGCCCUAACUCUUAAUGCCACUUGCUAUGGAUGCUUUUGUACUAAACUUUGAAACGCAUGUGAAAAAUCCAGAAUUUUGUGUUGCC